AUGGGAGAUUCACCUAUAGAUAUAGGACUAAAAGACGACUUUGAUGAAAAGCUACUUAGCAUUGAAAUUUUAGAUGUAUUAACACAUCUUAAGGAACGAAUACAAAAUUUAAUUGACAAACAAACAUAUCUUAAUGAAUAUUUAUCAAAAGAAAAAGAAGACUUUAGAAAAAUUUCAGAAUAUAAAGAUAUUAUAUCAAAUAUUCAAGCUAUACCAAGAUACAUUGAUAAGACAAAAUAUUUAAGACAUAAUGUCAAGUUUUUUAGCGAAAAAAUAGAACAUUUAUCUGAAUUAUCUAAACAGAUAUAUAAUAAACGACAAGAUUUAUCAGAGCAAUGGAAAGCUAUUAAAAAAAUAGAACAAGAAAAAGAUAUAACAAAGUUUUUAGCACAAAAAUCAAAUAAAGACAAUUCAACACCUGUCAUUAUUACAUUAAAAAGAGAUGUAUCAAAAGUCAAAGAUGCCUAUAUUGAAGAAUAA